AUGUUGUUGGAGCCUUCAAUUGGCGCUCUUGUAUGGUUGCUGGCCCAAGGCCAUGUCACUCUGGCUGAGUCUGACUAUGCGAACUUCACAACUGCGAGACCAUGUCUGGUAUCGACAGCUUUGCCGACUUAUAGCUCAUUCAGCUAUGAGCAGAUGAGCACCAAUCGUUUUGCCACCCAUCUCCCAACGCCACUUUCGUUAUCAACAUACGCCCCAGCAUUCUCGAUGGCGUCUACCCUCCUCCCAGAAAGCAUUACUUACACCACGUAUAGCCUAGAUCGUCUGGCGACGUCAUCUGAUGAUGGCCGCUUUGGACAGAGCGCAUACGCGGCUCUCUGGGCAAACUUGACGUAUUCAAUAGACCCUCCGUUCACCACCACAGUAUCUCCCACACCUGUAGCCUCUAGCGAGCUGGUUUAUCCUCCUUCACUCCCUGGUCGCCCACUGAACGAAGACAAGUCCUUGAAGCUACCUUGCGAUUUCAUCUGGGGAGUAGCAUCUAGUGCCUGGCAGAUUGAAGGCGGACUGCAGUUUGAGGGACGGGGCCCCGGAGUGUUUGACGUUAUUGGGGUGGUAGGUAGCAGUCAUGGAAAUGACUCGAACAUCGCGGACAUGCACUACCUCUUGUACAAGCAGGACAUUGCCCGGCUCGCUGCCCUCGGGGUGCCAUACUACUCGUUCUCCAUCUCCUGGACACGGGUCAUACCUUUCGGCGUCGCCGGCUCGCCAGUCAACACUCAGGCCCUUGACCACUAUGAAGAUCUUAUUCAGACGUGCUAUGACUACGGUAUCACGCCGGUAGCCACGCUGGUUCAUGCUGACAGCCCGGUUGGCAUCUUAGCCGACCUCGAGACAUUUCCGGAGCAUCUCCUGUACUAUGCAAAGCAGGUCAUGACGCGCUUCGCCGACAGGAUCCCGAUCUGGUUCACCAUCAACGAGCCGAACCUCGCAGUCCCGUACCAGUCCUCUGAUUAUAACGUCUUUAUUGCUCAGGCCAAGGCACAUGCGAGCGUGUAUCACUGGUACAAAGAGGAGCUGCAAGGGACUGGUCGCGUUAGCACCAAGUUCGCCAACAACCUGGCCGUUCCACUGGAUGUCGGAAACCUGAGCCAUGUCGAGGCAGCUAUUCGCUACCAGGAAUUCAUGCUUGGCAUCAUGGCGAACCCCCUGUUUCUCGGGCUGCAGAUCCCGAACGUUGUUUUGAACACGCCCGGAGUCAACGUUUCGGCGCUGACAUACGAGGAGAUCUCUUACCUAAACGCUACGGUGGACUUCUGGGCCUUCGAUCCAUAUGUCGCCCAGUUCGCAUACCCGCCCGAGGGUGGCGUCGCGGCCUGCGCCGCCAACUCCUCGCAUCCGCUGUGGCCGAUGUGCGUCGCUACGGGUGCCGCGCAGGAGAACGGCUGGCUAAUGGGCGUGCAGUCGAACGCGUACCCGCUGAUUGCGCAGCAGUACGUGCGCGAGCAGUUUGGCUACGUCUGGAACACCUACAGGCCGUCCGGCGGCAUCAUGGUUACCGAGUUCGGGUUCCCCCAGAUCGGCGACUCCGAGCACAGUCUCUUAGUGCAGCGGUACGAUUUCGAGCGGUCCAUGUACUACCAGAACUUCCUCGCCGAGACCUUGCACGCCAUCCAUUUGGACGGCAUCAACAUCAUUGGGGCGCUGGCUUGGAGCUGGAUUGAUAAUAAUGAGUUUGGCGAUUACGGAAAUCAAUAUGGUAUGCAGACGGUCAACCGCACCGACGGGUUGUUUACCCGCCACUACAAGAGGAGUUUCUUUGAUUAUGUGGAUUUCUUCCACGAUUACAUCGAGUCAUCGUGA